AUGGCGCCAAUGAAACAGAACAGUAAUAAUUACAGUAGUAGUAAACCCGGCGAGGGCAUUGUUCGCCAGGCCAGUAUCCUCGCCAGCUGCUACCUGGUCGACUCUGGUAUUCCUGAGGUCCCUUCCACGGGACUUCCAUCGCCGCCCUCAAGCCCCCCCCUCGCGGCCCUCACGCCGACCAAUGAGCUCACGCUGACUCCCAAGGCGAGGAAGUCAUCAUCGCGUAGCAGCAUCCAUGGUCGGACCGGCUCGGGCAACAACACCACUCGACAGCACCGUCGAGGGGGGGCAGCACUGCGGAUCAGGGAAGAAUGUGAGAGAUUCUUUUGCGAGAUACUGCGCGCCACGUUUCUAGGUGAGGGGAACUCGGCGUCGCAGCACUCCCGCCUGACCAGUGCCUAUAACAACUACAACAACAACAAUAACAACAACACUGGUAACGGCCGUCCGAUCUUGGAUGGAACUCCUACCGGCGGCGUUGGCAUGACGGCCGCUGGACCACUGACACCACCGUACGACUAUCCCAUUGCCAAUGAAAAUUGGAUGGCGGGCGGCGGCGGCCACGGCGUCAACGCGUGGUUGGAGAUCUGGGAUUAUGCCGGCGGCUCGAGCUUCCGCGCAUUCCUGGCAGAGAAUGCCAGCGGGGAGGAAAAGUCCAUGUUCGUCUUUUUUGACGCUCACGUCCUUGGCCGCGACCUCAAGAAAGCGCUCGUCGCUUUGAUCGAGCUUGCCGAAGGUCCAUUCGCUUGCACACACAUGGUCAUUUGCAUCGAUCGCUCGAUACCCGGAGAUGAGGCGCAGGCGUUAACCAAAGGUUUGCAAUGGGCUGGGUUCUCACUCACUGCACUCGAUUUUAUCUCAGGGGGGUGCGACGUCAUCAGUCGUCAAUGGUUAUUCAUGGGCAUGGAAGUCUAA